UGCAAGGAAACGCAGUACGUCAGCAGCAGCCAGCCCCCCGCAGUCGAGCUGGAAGUAGAGUCCAGGCUCAGCGCCGGUAUGGAGUCUCUGCUCCGGUCACCAAUGAAACUCGUACUUUUGACAGCAUGGCUCUCCAGUCUCAUGGACCCGUGCAGCCUCUCUGACAUCUGUGACUCCUGCCACCCGCUGGCGACCUGCAAGGCCCUGAAUGGAUCCAACAGCGCCUGCUUCUGCAACCACGGAUACACCGGCGACGGAACCACCUUCUGCAAAGAGCAUCCCCAGAAAUUCUGCCAUGACAACGCCGGCUGCGUGACGCGAGCCGUCAACAAAACACUGGAAUAUAUGAGCAACCUGACCGAGCCCCAAACUCUGCUGAAGGAAAUCGCCGAGCAGACGUCCGGCGAGCUCACCUCGGUGGAGGUGAUCGCGUACGUCGAGGCCUUGAGCCGAUCCGCUUCGAAGGAUUCCACCGUCCCACCGUCCGCCAUCAACGCCACUCUUUCGAAACUGGUGAAAGCGGUGAGCAACCUGGUGGAGAAGGACGAGCUGGUGGCCUGGAGCCGGAUGAAAGAGGAGCGUCGAGAACACACCAUCACCAAGCUGCUGCACGUCGUGGAGGAAGGCGCCUUGUCUCUGGCCGGAAACUACAAAACCCCGACCGAGAUCGAAAUCAAAGCUCCAGAAAUGGAAUUAAAACUCGUCACCUUGGACGCUCGUCACACUAAAGCCAGAGUGUCUGCGUCCAUGGGUGGAGAUCACAUCAACCUGACGCCCAAACAGAGGCCAGAGGGCGACGGAAACGGAAGCGUGUCGGUGGUGUUCGUGCGCUACGACAGCCUCGGUGACAUCCUGAAGCCCAGCGGCGACCCGGGUGUCACCGACUACUCCAGGUACGCCGGGACGGGAGAGAUCACCGUCAACUCCCAAGUCGUCGCCGCCGCCGUCAAGCCGGCCGACGUCUACCAACUGGACCACGUCACCUACACGCUGAGACACGCGAAGCCCAUCGACACCAAAGCCGAUGUGACCAAAUGCGCCUUCUGGGAGUACGAAGCCGGCAGCCUGCAGGGCCGCUGGGCCACUCACGGCUGCAAGACGCUGCACGUCAGCAGCAACGCAACCACCUGCUCCUGCAACCACCUCACACACUUCGCCAUCCUCAUGUCCUCCGGCCGGGCCAACCUGGCGGCCCACUACACCGUCCUGACCCGGAUCACCCAGCUGGGGAUGAUCAUCUCCCUCAUCUGUCUGUCCAUGUGCAUCUUCACCUUCUGGUUCUUCAGCGAGAUCCAGAGCACCAGAACCACCAUCCACAAGAACCUGUGCUGCAGCCUGUUCAUGGCCGAGUUCAUCUUCCUGGUGGGCAUCAACAUGAUCUCGCACAAGCUCUUCUGCGCCGUCAUCGCCGGCCUGCUGCACUACUUCUUCCUGGCGGCCUUCGCCUGGAUGUGCAUCGAGGGCAUCCACCUGUACCUGAUCGUGGUGGGCGUCAUCUACAACAAAGGCUUCCUGCACCGCAACUUCUACAUCUUCGGCUACGGCAGCCCGGCGGUGGUGGUGGCCAUCUCGGCCACGCUGGGCUCCAAGUACUACGGCACCGACAGAGUGUGUUGGCUGAGCACAGAAAACCACUUCAUCUGGAGCUUCAUCGGACCCGCCUGCCUGAUCAUCCUGGUUAAUCUCUUGGCGUUCGUGGUAAUCAUCUACAAGGUGUACCGGCACACUGCUGUGAAAAAGCCUGAAAUCAGCCACUAUGAGAACAUCAGGUCCUGUGCCCGCGGAGCCUUGGCGCUGCUGUUCGUCCUCGGCGCCACCUGGACCUUCGGAGUUCUGCACAUCCUCCAUGAGACCACCCUGACGGCGUACCUGUUCACCAUCAGCAACGCCUUCCAGGGCAUGUUCAUCUUCAUCUUCCUCUGCGUGCUGUCCAGAAAGGUCGGGCCGUUUAUUUAUCUAACGUUUAUUUAA